AUUUAAGCCGUGCGGGGCGCUGCGGGGCUCUUCCUGGCCCCGGCAGCCCGCGGACGGAGCCGCUGCGGGCACUGGCCGCUGCUCCCGCUUUGGGUCGCCUUCGGCGGAGCCGUCAUGACCGAAACGACGCGUUACUCGGGCGGUGGAUUCGUCCACGUCAAAAACCCGCAUCUGGAGGCUAUGGAUGAGGACGUGCUGUAUCAUUUGGACUUAGGAACGAAGACGCACGACCUGCCGGCAAUGUUUGGGGACGUAAAGUUCGUCUGCGUUGGCGGCAGCCCGAACAGGAUGAGGGCAUUUGCGCAGUUCAUGCACAAGGAGCUGGGGCUGGAGGGCGACGGGGAGGACCUGGCCGACAUCUGCGCGGGGACGGACCGCUACGCCAUGUACCGCGUGGGACCGCUGCUGUCCAUCAGCCAUGGAAUGGGGAUCCCUUCUGUGUCCAUCAUGCUUCAUGAGCUGAUCAAACUGCUGCACCAUGCCAAAUGCCGAGAUGUCACCAUUAUACGCAUUGGUACUUCUGGAGGCUUAGGGGUGCAGGCCGGCUCCGUGGUGAUCACAGACAGGGCGGUGGACGCCUGCUUCCAGCCACGGUUCGAGCAGGUGGUGCUGGGCGACGUGGUGGUGCGGGGCACUGACCUGGAUGGGGGCCUUGUGGAGGAGCUGCUGGCCUGCAGUAAGGCCAUUCCUGACUUCCCCACGCUCGUCGGGCACACCAUGUGCACCUAUGACUUCUAUGAAGGUCAAGGGAGAUUAGAUGGAGCUCUGUGCUCUUUUUCCAAUGAAAAAAAGUUGGAGUACUUAAAGCGAGCUCAUGAUGCUGGUGUGAGAAACAUUGAAAUGGAGUCGACGGCGUUCGCCGCGCUGUGCGGGCUGUGCGGGCUGAGAGCUGCUGUGGUCUGCGUAACGCUCCUGGACCGGCUGGAGGGGGACCAGAUCCGGGCGUCCCACGAGGUGCUGCAGGAAUACCAGCAGCGGCCGCAGCGCCUGGUGGCGGCCUUCAUCCGGAGACGCCUGGGGCUGCAUGCUGCUGCAGGGAACACACGGCCUUCCAGCGACUGAGGGCACUGCCAACCCCACACCACCGGGAGACCAACCCGCACCACGGGCAAGUGGAGAGCAGGAAAGACAGACUGGGGGGCCGCGCGUCCCCAGAGCUGCAGAGGCACUGCUGCCUGCGAGCAGGGGAGGUGUAACUGCAAACACUGCUGUGCUGGUGCAGUGGGGUCUCAAACUGCUGGAACUGCAUCAGUGCUGCUCAGGAAAUAAGAGCGUGCCCCUCUGGCUCCUGCCCUGUGGAUGGAAGGACUGUCCUGCAGGGUGCCCUUGCCCCGUGCCCCUCAUCAGGGGAACACGUUGCUCCUGGCGCAGUGCUGAUAGCUGAGCAAAUGGCACACACAGCUCAUCUGCUCUGUGAGGGCUGCUGCUCCUCGCUGCAGUCAGUAGGGCUCUCGGACUCAUGUGGCCUGAUGAGCUCUGUGGGGCCAGAGCCCAGCCCAGGCACCCAGUGGGCAGGGAGCAUCUCUGCCACCAACCGACAGGGAUGCAGGCAGGGUCUGUGAGCACUGCCCCAUGCUGUAAGAAGGUCAAACUGCUCGUGGGUGAGGUGGAAGGCAUUGCACUGGGGUUACACAUAGCACAGCCAAUUCACCGCUGACACCGCUUCCAGUUUUGAAGGGUCACUUACAAGGUUGCUUGCAAAUAAAUCUUGGUGUUUUUAGAACAGGGACUUACAGGAUUCAAGAGUUCAGAUAAAUAAAAGUAUUGCAUAUUACAGAAACUCAA